ACCACCACCACCAUCUCUCUCUCUCUCCACCACCUCCACCGCCACCGCCGCCGUCUCCACUCUCUCUCUCUAUAGAUAUAUAUAUAGAACACACACACACACACAGAGACCCGUACGUGUGUGUAUGUGAUCUUCUGCAAGAAAAAGAGAAGAAGAGUACAUAUAUAGAUAGAAUGAUGUUGGUGAGGAAAUGCAAUAACAAUAAUAAUAAUAAUAUUAUUGGUUUGAUAAUAUUUAUGUAUGUUGUGGGUGUCGGAAUCCCAACAUGCUUUGCUCAGAAUAUAAUAAGCAGAGGAAGCUUUCCAAAGGGCUUCGUUUUCGGAACUGCUUCUUCAGCUUUUCAGUACGAAGGCGCCGUUAAGGAGGACGGAAGGGGUCCGACAAUCUGGGACAAGUUUGCUCAUUCUUUUGGAAAAGUGAUUGAUUUUAGCAAUGCCGAUGUAGCGAAUGAUCAGUAUCACCUCUACACUGGAGAUAUACAGCUCAUGAAAGACAUGGGAAUGGAUGCAUACAGGUUUUCGAUUGCCUGGUCCAGGAUUUAUCCUAAUGGUACGGGGGUAAUCAACCAAGCUGGGAUCGAUCAUUACAACAAGCUGAUCGAUGCUUUACUUGCCAACGGAAUCCAACCAUACGUGACGCUCUACCACUGGGAUCUCCCUCAAAGCCUCGAAGACGGGUAUAAGGGAUGGUUGAGCCCUCAAAGCAUAAAGGACUUUGCCACGUAUGCUGAAACGUGCUUCAAGGCGUUUGGCGACAGAGUGAAGUAUUGGAUCACGUUCAACGAGCCCCACACGUUUGCUGUACAAGGCUAUGAUGUGGGGCUUCAGGCGCCCGGUCGAUGUUCCAUCCUGCUCCGUACCUUUUGUACGGUCGGAAACUCUGCAACCGAGCCUUAUAUAGUCGGUCACAACGUCCUUCUUUCACAUGCAACGGUUGUCGACAUUUAUAAAAGGAAGUACCAGCCAAAACAAAAAGGAUCAAUCGGGAUAACGUUGGACUCCUUCUGGUAUGAACCGGCAACAAACACCUCAGCUGAUAUUCAAGCAGCACAAAGAGCGGUCGAUUUUAAUUUGGGUUGGUUUAUUGAACCUCUGAUUCGUGGGGACUAUCCGAGGUCGAUGAGAGCCCGAGUUGGAACACGACUGCCUAAAUUUUCUCAGGCGCAAUCCGCUCAGGUGAAGGGUGCCUUUGAUUUUAUCGGCAUAAAUCACUACACUACGUGGUAUGCAAAUGAAAAUAACACCAACAUAAUCGGCGUUCUGCUCAAUGACUCCCUUGCAGACUCGGGUGCUUUCACCCUACCAAUUGCACUAGGAAGGCCUGUACAUGACAGGGCGAAUUCGAUAUGGUUGUACAUCGUGCCUGAUGGGAUAAGAAGUCUGAUGAACUACAUUAGGCAGAAGUACGACAACCCCCUUGUAAUAAUUACAGAAAACGGAAUGGACGAUGGAAACAGCCCGUUUGUGUCCAUCAAGAAUGCUCUCAAGGAUGAAAAACGGAUCAAGUAUCACAACGACUAUCUGACGAGCCUGUUAGCUGCUAUCAAAGAAGACGGUUGCAACGUGCGAGGGUACUUCGUGUGGUCGUUGCUGGAUAACUGGGAAUGGGGAGCUGGAUUCAGCUCGCGAUUUGGUCUGUACUAUGUGGACUAUAAGGACAACCUCAAGAGAUACGCAAAGGACUCCGUGACAUGGUUCAAGAAUUUCUUAGCUUCUUAAUACACUUGUAUGUCCGAAACAAAGAAAAUAUUACAUGAAAAAACAGACACCAACAAGGAUUCCAUAUACAAAAACAAACCACACUUCAUAUGAUUACACCCA